CAUAGCGUGCCUAGCACCCAAGGGCUCACCAAGCAAGGGCUGCCGUGGUCACCAGCGAGGGCAGCUUGGUGCUGGUGUAGUGGAGUCCUGGGACACUGUAGCUGCACCAGUUUCUUGGACUCCUCCACAAGUGUGUAGAGACAGGAACGAGGAAUGUGAUCCGUCCCAGCAGCCCGGGGGAGCCAGACCAUAUCUGGUAUCUGCCUCACAGCCCAGCAGGCUGCACUUGGUGGAGCCAGUCACAGCAGCCGAAGCCAGCAGGCAGCCUCAGCGAGACUUGCUGGGGUUGAGGAGGGCAGGUGUUUGCCAGCCCUGGAGAAGAAGGUCCCGGUGGGCCUCAGACCUUGGUGUCAUCCCAGGGAAACCCUCUGGCCACUGCAGAGGGCACCAUGUGGGCCCCAGGGUAUCAUCGGUUCUGGUUCCACUGGGGGCUGCUGUUGCUGCUGCUCCUCGGAGCUCCCCUUCGAGGCCUAGCGCUGCCAUCCAUUCGAUACUCCCAUGCGGGCAUCUGCCCCAACGACAUGAACCCUAACCUCUGGGUGGAUGCCCAGAGCACCUGCAAGCGGGAGUGUGAAACAGACCAGGAAUGUGAGACAUAUGAGAAAUGCUGUCCCAAUGUAUGUGGGACCAAGAGCUGCGUGGCAGCCCGCUACAUGGAUGUGAAAGGGAAGAAGGGCCCUGUGGGCAUGCCCAAGGAGGCCACGUGUGACCAUUUCAUGUGUCUGCAGCAGGGCUCUGAGUGUGACAUCUGGGACGGCCAGCCUGUGUGUAAGUGUAAAGACCGCUGUGAGAAGGAGCCCAGCUUCACCUGUGCCUCUGAUGGCCUUACCUACUACAACCGUUGCUACAUGGACGCCGAGGCCUGCUCCAAGGGCAUCACACUGUCUGUGGUCACCUGUCGCUAUCACUUCACCUGGCCCAACACCAGCCCUCCGCCGCCUGAGACCACAGUACAUCCCACCACAGCCUCUCCGGAGACUCUCGGGCUGGACAUGGCAGCCCCGGCCUUGCUCAACCACCCUGUCCAUCAGUCAGUCACCGUGGGUGAGACCGUGAGUUUCCUCUGUGACGUGGUUGGCCGGCCUCGGCCAGAGCUCACUUGGGAGAAACAGCUGGAAGAUCGAGAGAAUGUGGUCAUGAGGCCCAACCACGUGCGUGGUAAUGUGGUGGUCACCAACAUUGCUCAGCUGGUCAUCUACAAUGCCCAGCCCCAGGAUGCUGGUAUAUAUACCUGUACAGCUCGGAACGUUGCUGGAGUCCUGAGGGCUGACUUCCCGUUGUCUGUGGUCAGGGGAGGUCAGGCCAGGGCCACCUCAGAGAGCAGUCUCAACGGCACAGCCUUCCCAGCAACAGAGUGUCUAAAGCCCCCAGACAGCGAGGACUGUGGAGAGGAGCAGACGCGCUGGCACUUCGACGCCCAGGCUAACAACUGCCUCACUUUCACCUUUGGCCACUGCCACCGCAAUCUCAACCACUUUGAGACCUAUGAGGCCUGCAUGCUGGCUUGUAUGAGUGGGCCGUUGGCCAUAUGCAGCCUGCCCGCCCUGCAGGGGCCCUGCAAAGCCUAUGUGCCACGCUGGGCCUACAACAGUCAGACAGGCCUAUGUCAGUCUUUUGUCUAUGGUGGCUGUGAGGGCAACGGUAACAACUUCGAAAGCCGGGAGGCCUGUGAGGAGUCGUGUCCCUUCCCAAGGGGCAACCAGCAGUGCCGGUCCUGCAAGCCCCGACAAAAACUUGUUACCAGCUUCUGUCGGAGUGACUUUGUCAUCCUGGGCAGGGUCUCUGAGCUGACUGAAGACCAUGACUCAGGCCGCGCCCUGGUGACAGUGGAUGAGGUCCUAAAAGACGAGAAGAUGGGUCUCAAGUUUCUGGGCCGGGAGCCGCUGGAAGUCACUCUGCUUCAUGUAGACUGGACCUGUCCUUGCCCCAAUGUGACAGUGGGCGAGACACCGCUCAUCAUCAUGGGGGAGGUGGAAGGUGGUAUGGCCAUGCUGAGACCCGACAGCUUUGUGGGUGCAUCGAGCACACGACGGGUCAGGAAACUCCGUGAGGUCAUGUACAAGAAAACCUGUGAUGUCCUCAAGGACUUCCUGGGCUUGCAAUGAAGCCAGUCUGGUUCCCCUGACCCUCCUCUGCCCACCCACCUACACCCUGCCCUCAGUCAGCCAUCCAGGUGAGAUCAAGCUAGACAGCCUUGGCUAGGGAAGAAACAUCAGCUAACAUGUGGGAAGAAAGCCUCCUAUAGGGUUCUCUCUGCCUCUCCAAGUUCUCACUUUAAAAACAAAACAAAACAAAACAAAACAAAAAAAAAACCAAAAAACCAGUAGUGAGCACAUAGCCCCCCCCCUUCGAAGUCUGUGGCCCAUCGCUUCCCAUACCACCAGCCCUGUGACCUUAGGCAAGUUGCUUAGCCUCUCUGUGCCUUAGAUUAUUGUGUACAAAGUGGGAAUCGUGGUUGUACCCUCUUAGGGCUCAGAGGAGAGCUAAAGGAAGUCCGGGAGGCUGACAGGUUCUUUGGGUUCAAUAAAACGUCCAUAUCUUCACCCCCAUCCCCACACAAGGUUUCUCUGUGUAGCCCUGGCCAUCCUGGAAUUUACUUUGUAGACCAGGUUGGCCAUGCACUAAGAGAUUCACCUGCCUCUGCUUCCCGAGUACUGGGAUUCAAAGUGUGCACCACCACGUCUGGCUAAAAGGUCUGUAUCUUUUUUAGUUGAGAAAGGGGUUGGCAGAGGGAAGAAAGGACACAGGUAAGUUGCUUCCAGUGGGUGGUUCCCUCAGGCAGUCUCAUCCCUCUUUGCUGACCCAUGCCCCUCUGCCAGUCUCCUAGCCUAGGGUCAGGAGGAGAUGCCCUCUGUAUGGCUGAAUGGUUUAGCUUGUGUAGGAGGUGUGUGGGAAGAGAGAGAUAAGAAAGUCCAAGGGUCACGUUAAGAUGACGGCCCGGCUGCCCGCUGCCCCACUACAUGGCUGUAACCAGAGACCAUCCACACCAAGAGUUGUGAACAGCGGGAAGCCAGAGCACCCAAUUUAUCCUAAUGGAGGUUGCAGGGACGGCUGCCUCUGGUUGGGUCGGUUUGUGUCACCACAUCAGGCGAAUUUUCUUUCCUGAGCUGCAUUGGUUUGUUGGUUUGCUUCUGUUCAUUUCAGCUCAGUGGACACGUUCCAGGUGCCAGGUGCAAGGCAGUCCUGAUUCUCUGCUCCCCCGGGGGAGCCAAUGGGUGAUGGACAGCAGUUAGGCAUCUUCGUUUGAUGAGCCAGGUGCUUUCAUGUGCCGUGGACUUCCUUGGGGAGAAGCCCAAAGAUCUGUUUUGGUAGCAAGAGAAAUAAAGAAGACAAAGGCAGGAGGAACAGGGGACGGCCUAGGCAUCAGAGCGGAGGUGGGCCCAGGGAGAAUGAAUAUUGCUCGAUGCUGCCAUCUGGUGGUGCAUAUAGGCACCUGCAGGAUCAGGAGGAAAGAUCUAUCUGGGUGGGGCCUAGGAUGGGCCUCUUGGCGAUGGCAAGCUCUGAGGUCACUUGUUUCUUCUGGUCUCAACCACACAGGCAUUGUGUAGAGGAUUUGGAACCCCUUGUCAUCUCUGCAUCUGCCCUGCCCCCUCAGCCCUUUAUUCUGUCCAUAUCCCUCCAAAGGAAGCACUGUGGGAUGCCCUAACGUCUUCCCAAAAUAUACGGAGAACAAUCCUAAAUAAAAUUUCAUAGUGUCAACUGCU